AUGUGGAUUGCGGUAUGCGUGACGGCAAUCAACUGUCGCGCGGCUGUGGACGCGGAGGAACAGUGGAAGACGCUAAUUACACAUGCUAAUCAGUAUGUCAUUCAUAAAGUUUGGAUAUGCUUUUCACCCAUCAUAAUUAUCACUGAUCCGGAUGAUAUAAGGAAAAUAUUAAGCAACAUAAUUCACAUCGAAAAGAGUACCAUUUAUCAUAUCGCGGAACCUUGGUUGGGUACUAGUCUUGGCAUUAGUAAAGCCGACAAGUGGCAUUCACGGCGAAAGAUAUUAAAUCCUUCAUUUCAUUUUAAUAUAUUGCAACAAUUUACUGAGAUUUUAAUAAAGGAAAGCAAAAACAUGAUAAAGUGUUUGAAAAAUGCAGAAGGCACAGUUGUGAAAGAUUUAAUACCGUUUGUUAGCGAGCAUACGCUAAAUGCAAUAUGUGAAACAGCUAUGGGCACUUCCCUACAAAAUUUAAGUACGUCCCAGCAACAGUAUCGAAAAGCGGUUCACCGGAUGACUGAACUUAUUAUUUAUAGAUUUUUAAGGCCAUGGCUGCACUUUGAUUGGAUAUUCUCGUUGACGUCAAAAGGUAGAGAACACAAAAAGAUUCUGAAGAUACUACACAGAUUUACUGAACAAAUUAUUGCUGAAAGAAGACUUUAUCAUGAACGCACUAAUGGUCAAUACUUGAAAGAAUUUGAUAAUUUAUCAGCACAAAGAGAUGACAAUGAAACCAUUGGAACACAGAAAAAGCAGCUUUCAAUGUUGGAUCUUCUAAUAGCGACAUCUCGUGAAAAUAUUAUGACUGAUAUAGAUAUUAGAGAGGAAGUUGAUGCUUUUGUGUUUGCGGGCUGGGAAACUACAGCAGCAGCUGUAAGCUUUAUUUUGGCACAAUUAGCUGAGGAUAAGGACAUUCAGGAUCGUGUUAGGAACGAAGUCGAUUCUGCUAUACAAGGGAAUGAGAAGAAAUUUAAUUUCAAAUUGUUGAAACAACUACCAUAUUUAGAAAGAUGUAUAAAGGAAGCGUUGCGUUUAUAUCCCAGUGUACCGUUUAUAUCACGUAUUUGUGGAGAAGACAUAAAAUUACAAUCAUAUUUAGUACCUGCUGGAACAAUGAUAGUUAUCAAUAUUUAUGCAGCCCACAGAAAUCCUAAUUUCUGGCCAAAUCCACAAGUAUUUGAUCCAGAUAGAUUCUUACCCGAGAAAAUCCAAAAUCGUCACUAUUAUUCGUAUAUACCAUUCAGUGCUGGACCACGUAACUGCAUCGGCCAACAAUUUGGUAUGCUGGAAAUAAAGACAAUGAUAGCUUCUGUGAUACACAAUUUUUACUUGGAGCCUAUUGAUUAUUUAAAAGAUGUUCAGCUACAAACUAAUAUCACACUUUCCCCUGCUCAACUUCGUAUAAGAUUUAUCCCUAUUCACAAAAUUAAUGUAAGUAUUUGAAUCAAAUAUCGACUUAAUAUAUGUCAUAGAAAGCAAACGUCGGAGAAGUAGUAAAAUAGGGUGUAUAUUAUA